CGGUUCUCACCUUAUCUCCUGCGCUUUUAGAAAUUCUCCGGCCACCACCACCACCUAUCGCCGGGAAAUUUUGGUUUCCGUUUCAGCCGUAGCAUGCCAGUUAAUCUCUUUUCACUGCCUCAAUUCCAUCUGCCCAAUUCUUCUUCACUUCCGGUAACUCUUAUCACCAUGCAAACCAACUCCUCAUUAUCCAGAAUCGGUCCGGUUUUCACUCGUGCUUUCCCUGAUAGACUAAGCUCUCAAUCUCUAUCAUCUUCAGAUAACCUAGGAUUUCCGAAAUUGAUGACAACAGUCCAGCCGGGAUUACAUAUUUCGACAAGCAUUUCGAAACACGGAUCUGAAAUUAGGGCCGCCAAGGGCUUAAUUGAGGAUGAAGCUGAACUUAGUGGCUGGUUUAAGAAAAGUCAGUACAGCGAGAGUGAUGAUGGCGGUGAUGACUGGAGAAGUAGUGAUAGAGGUGGGAGGGGUGGUUCAGCUGUGAAGAGGCGGUCCGAUGAUUAUAAUGGAGGGUAUGGUAACAGAGAAAGAGGAGGAGGUGGAAAUAGGGGUUCUUUUGGUGGUAGUUCAAGAGGAAGAGGGCGAUUUGGAGGAGGGAGGGGGUCAAGUAACUUAGCAGGUAGAGGGAGAGGAAGAGGGAGAUUUGGGGGUGAAAUAGGGAGGAGAAAUGAUGGUUUUUCUCGUGAUUCAAAUAGGGAAGAUGGAAAUUGGGGUUCCUAUUUUGAUUCAUUUCCUAAAGAGAAAGAGCGAUACGGGCGUGAUACAGAGAGAGAAGAUGAUCGAUUUGUGUCGAAUAGGAGAGAUGAUAGGUUUGGUGGGAGUGGUAGAGGGGGAGGGAGAUUAGGAGGUGAACUAGGGAGAAGAAAUGAUAGUUUUUCUCGUGAUUCAAAUAGGGGAAAUGGAAAUUGGGGUUCAUUUGAUUCCUUCCCUAAAGAGAAAGAGCGAUACGUGCGUGAUCCAGAGAGAGAAAAUGAUCGAUUCAUGUUGAAUAGGAGAGAUGAUAGGUUCGGUGGGAGUGGUGGAGGGAGCGGAGGAGGUGGUGGAGUGAGAACAGGUGUUAAGAGUAUGGGAACAGGAAGUUUGAUGAUGUCCGAUGAAGAAGAUGUGGAUGAUGAAGAGGGAGAAAAGAUAUUAAUGCAUAAUUAUAAAGAAUUGAUCAGUGACGAAGAAGAUAAUGAUGAGUACGAAGAUGAUGAAGAGGAUGAUGAUGGGGUUUUAGGGAAGGGACUUUCUUUGUCUGGAUUGGACAUUGAGGAUGGCGCCACGAGUUCGCCAAGAGUUUCUGCUGAUGGAAAUGAAUCUUAUCUAAGUGAGACCAGGUUUGAUCAAUGUUCAGUUUCACCCUCGUCUCUAAAAGCAAUUAAGGAUGCUGGAUAUGAGAAGAUGACCAUUGUACAGGAGGCAACACUUCCUGUUAUUCUCAAAGGGAAGGAUGUGUUGGCCAAGGCUAGGACAGGUACCGGAAAAACUGUUGCAUUUCUGCUGCCAGCGAUUGAAGUAGUUGUGAAUUUGCCACCUGUUGGCCGUGAUGAAAGGUGGCCUCCAAUUGUAGUCCUUAUCAUAUGCCCUACUAGAGAGCUUGCAAGUCAGGCUGCAAUGGAGGCUAACAAACUGUUGAAGUAUCAUCCUUCUGUGGGUGUUCAAGUUGUUAUUGGAGGCACCAGACUUGCUACAGAACAAAGGCGCAUUCAGGCAAACCCAUGCCAGAUCCUUGUAGCGACUCCUGGAAGGCUUAAAGAUCAUAUUAUGAACACUUCUGGAUUUGCCAAUCGGAUAAAUGGCGUUAAGGUUUUAGUUCUUGAUGAAGCUGAUCAUUUAUUGGACAUGGGAUUCCGGAAAGAUAUCGAGAAUAUCAUAGCAGCUGUCCCAAAACAGCGACAGACACUCCUAUUUUCAGCCACUGUCCCACCUGAGGUUCGGCAAAUCUGUCAUAUUGCUUUGAAAAGAGAUCAUGAAUAUAUCAACACAGUUGAAGAAGGUAGUGAAGAGACACACACACAGGUCCAACAAAAGCAUCUAGUUGCUCCAUUGGAGAAGCAAUUUUCACUGCUGUACACUCUUCUGAAAGAUCAUAUCGUGGAUGAUCCCGACUAUAAGGUUCUGGUGUUUUGCACGACUGCCAUGGUUACCAAAUUGGUGGCUGACCUUCUUGGUCAACUGAAGUUAAACGUCCGAGAAAUACAUUCCAGAAAGUCCCAAAGUUACAGGACUCAAGUUUCUGACGAAUUCCGGAAAUCAAAGGGUCUUAUUCUGGUAACUUCUGAUGUGUCUGCUCGUGGAGUCGAUUAUCCAGAUGUAACACUUGUAAUUCAGGUUGGCCUUCCUGCUGAUAAAGCUCAGUAUAUACAUCGGCUUGGAAGAACUGGCCGUAAAGGUAAGGAAGGGCAAGGGAUAUUGUUGCUAGCACCCUGGGAGCAAUUCUUCUUGUCUACCCUUGCGGAUUUGCCUAUUUCAAAAGCCGAGCUACCUCUGAUAGAUCCGGACACAAAGAAAAAGGUGGAGAGAGCGUUGUCGUAUGUGGAUAUGAAAAACAAAGAAUCUGCAUAUCAGGCGUGGUUGGGGUAUUAUAACUCCAACAAGACCGUUGGCAAGGACAAGCAGAGGCUCGUGGAGCUUGCGAAUGAGUUUAGCCGAAGCAUGGGGCUCGAUAUUCCACCAUCAAUUUCCAGGCUUGUCCUCGGUAAAAUGGGACUCAAGAACGUUCCUGGUUUGCGCUCGAAAUAAAGAUCCAAGGAGGGAGGAUGGUAAACAUGAAAUUGCAACAAAUUUUGAUUUGUGGGUAUUUUGGCAUUUUGAAAAGACAAAGAGGAAGAACAUAAGCAAAUUUAUUGGAACAAAUCAGCCAUAUAUUUCUGUUGUAAAUUAGUAAAAAGUUGUGUGUAUGUAGCUUUUGUUUCAUGAAUCUAAGUAGAAUUCAUUUUAUGGUAUAUUUGUACAGAUCAAUAGAGAUGGGCAAAUGUAACCGGGCCUUAAGAUC